GUGACGUCAUCAGCCCCGCCCCCUCGUGGCCUGUCGCCGUAGCAACGUGUCAACAGCAGCAGCCCCGCGUCCCGGUGCAGACACCGGAGAGCGUGAGCAUGGCACACCGGUACUUCACGCCCGCGGAGGUGUCCGCGCACAACACGGCGGCCGACCUGUGGCUCUCGUUCCUGGGCACGGUGAGCGACCUCACCCCGCUGAUGGAGCAGCACGCGGCAGGUGGCGCUCUGCUGGUCCCCAUCAUGGCGUCUGCGGGGCAGGACGUCAGCAGUUGGUUCGACCCGGACACUAAAGACCUCCAGAGACACGUGGAUCCACUGACUUCCUGUGUGAGGUACUACACCCCUAGGGGGCGCUUCCUGCACACACCCCCCGCCGGCCCCCGCUCAGACUGGGCCACCGACACCGGCCCCCCGUGGUGGAGGGACCAGCGCUACCAGGUGGGCCUGCUGACCUCCAAGACCAGGUGGAUCAGGGUCAUCAACACGCUGACCUCACAGGAGCAGCUGCUCCAGGUGUGUUCUGAGGAGACGCUGGCUCAGAUCCUGCAGCGUUACCUGCGCUACAACGCUCACGCCUGUAGCUACACCUGGACACACGGCGAGAAGCCUCUGGACAUGAGCCGCACGCUCAGCCAGAACCUCGUGCUGGACCAGGACCACGAGCUGCAACACCUGAGGCUGGACCGGGACCGCCACCGCCCCGCCCUGCUGCUCCACUUCAAUGAUGACCUCACUGACCUCUGACCUCCCCACGCCGAGACACACCUGUGCGUCACAGGCUCAGGAUCCAUUCUGGACUCUCAGGAUUAUUACGAUUAAAAGUCAGGAUUUACAUCUU